AACCCAGUUUUCAUGACUGGGGCGGUUCAGAUCAUCCACGUCCCAGAAUGGGGGUUAGAAAGACCAUGCCAUUGUGUGAUGGGUUAAUUCUGUAAAAGUUGAGUUUAUGCAAAGACAUACUGCUAAUAUUAGAUUCACUUUGUGCCAAAAUGUUCCCUACAGUGGAGAACAGCAGUGGUACAGGUGAUACUUGCAUAUCAGAGGCUCGUUAAGGAAGCUGCCUUUUCUAUAGGAAGUGAAAUAAAAGCUGCUUGCUACACGUUGGCCAAGCUCGCUGCAACUGGUGGAACAAACUGUGACGCUUUCUCACCUGGGCUCCACCCAAAGGGGGCAAGGCACAUUGUCCUGGCCUGACUACACCUGUACUCGCUGCCCAGGGAACUAGGGCACCUCCCCAAACAUAAACAUAAAUUUGAAGGACUUGGAGAUGUAACAGAGUUGGUCUAUUCCUUGUCUCUUUGCUCUCUUUUCUUUCCAGUCUACCUUUUCUCUUUUACCACAUCCUCUGUAGGACGCUGGUGUCUUUAACAGAUUCCAUCCCAUGGCCGAUUACUCUGGGAAGUCAGGACUUUUGCCCUGUGAAUCCUGUGAUAUGGUUUUCCGCUCCAGAGCUUUGUUGGCCAAACACACCAAGCGAUUCUGCAUUGGCGGGCUGACUCCGGAGGUAACACUUAAAACACAGCCUUCAGUAGCCAUCGAACAACGAGGCACCAAGAUUAUGGCACAAGAACAGAGGCGUUCAGAUCAGGAGGCCACCAAAUCUCUAAAGAGACUGGCAGAGGAGACUGCAGGGAGCCCUGAGGAGAGGCUGCGAGACUUGCAGGGAACACGAGCCAGACGCGUGGAGGAAACUGAAGCGCAAAGCCGAGCCCUGAAGCAACGCGGCGAAGAAUUAAAACGGCGCCUCCACAGUUUAGCGGGACCCAAGAGAGGAUUACCCCGCCCAAUCGUCUUGGAGCGCGAACUCAGAGAACUCAGGGAAGAGGCCAGCCGGACACGGGGAGCGCUGCAAACGUUAGGAGCGCGUGUUCAGGCGCUCCAGCCUCAGCCCACCCACCAGCAGGACGCCCAAAGGGUAGUGGAAUUCUGUUGCCUGCCCCUACGGUACAACCCGGAAACGCUUGCUGAAGAGAUCCGGGUGCUACGUGAGGUCUACGUGCGCGGUGGAGGCCGGGACCCAGAAGUUCUGGACAAAAUAUUACAACUGCAAGUGGAGGCGUCAGCACUGGAAUUGCGGCGGUCGCAAAACUGCAAGGAAAAAGCAAGUGCCGCCUCUGAGGAGGUUCUAAUGGUGGAAGCCGAAAACAGGAUCCUGGAGGCAGAAAUUCUGGCCUUGCAGAAGCAGAAAGUCCUGAGUCUGUCGCCCUGGGGUUCCAGGGAUCUCUGGCGACACUUGAGAAGAAGGCGUGAUAACUCCCUCCUCCCUCCACCACUUGCACCCCCAAUGCCACCAGUUACAAGUUCCACAAAAGUCCAGGACUUCCACGGCACUUCAAAGGCUAUAAUUAAUGGAACCAUGACAAGAAACUUGGGUCUGGAUCUCCACUUCCUACCAGCAUCGAAUGUUCUAGGUCCUGCACCCUAUGAUCCUGGGGCUGGCCUUGUCAUUUUCUAUGACUUCCUGCGGGGCCUUGAGGCUUCUUGGAUUUGGGUGCAGCUAAUGACAAGCUUGGCCCGAGAUGGACAGGAUACAGGAGGGGCCACAGCACUACCUCCAGCACUUUGCUUGCCACCACCUUCAGCUUCUGGACCUAUGGGCAACUGUGCUAUCCUCGCAAGCAGGCAACCUGUGCCGAGGCUGCCUCCAUCACCACUGCUAUCUUUGAUCUGCAAACUACAGGCCUGGCAGGGUGUUACAUGGACACCACAACCAAAGGCUUGGGCCUCACUAAUGCUAUUUGACCAAAGUCUGAGGGUGCUUAGUGGCCGUUGGCGCCUCCCACUUCGGGUCCCUCCUACCACCAGCCUCAGCUUUGCCCAGAUGAAUGAGAUGCCCCAGGCCGGCCAAGCUGAGCUCUUUCUGAGGCUGGUAAACGCAAGAGACACAGAUGCCCAGACAUUGGCAGAGAUCAAUCCAGCAAGUGCCCAUGAGUACCAGUACCCACCAAUGAUGUCCAGUUCAUCUUUCCUGGAAUCCAGUUUCUUCACCCACAGUUCUGGCAUUGCUGACCCCCCACCUCCCACAGAAGAGACUUUCGUCAGUGUCGAGGAUAAAGAUGAGCACUUGAGUCCUCACCAGUUUUGAAGGAAACACUAAUUUCUAGACCUGCAGCUUUUAAAAUGGGGUCUUACAGCAGCAGCAAACAUUUGAUCCUUAAAUACUGGGUGGCUACAAAGAACACUAAACCUGCUUUUCUUAAACUAGCCAACUUUAUAU